UAAAACCCAUGAAUGGCGGAUUGUGAAUAGCGAUGAGGGGUUGGGAUUGUUGGUUAGGAAUUGUAUUGUGAUGUCACAAAUUUGUACAUUAUAUUUUUAUUUAUAUAAUUAAAUUUUGAAAUUUUAAAGAAGCUAACAUUUGUGUUAGUGAUGCUUGGUUUAGUGGUAAUUUCAAAGUCUAAAUAUAUUUAGUGGGAAUGGAAUCUAACCCUGCAUUUAUAAUUCUAUCUAAAAGGUUCAUGAUAGUUUGAUAACUAUCUUUCAUAAGUAGCCUAUAUAAGACUUAUUGUUAACUCUUUAGUUUGAUAAUUGCAGAUUUCAGAAAUAUAUGUAUUCAUAAUAAACUAAAGGUGAAAUUUGGUUUUCUUUAUUUAUAUAAAUCUUCAUUGGUGCAUUUUUUAUUCUAGUUUUUCUUUCUGUAUACAAUUUCAUCCUUAUAAUUAAGCCCAUGUUAUUACGGUUUUUGUUAUUAAUGUACUCUAUUCAGUAGGCCUAAUCAUAUACCCUUAAGUAUGAUAAAGUGAAUCAUCCCGGGCAGCUAACUAGAUAUUGAAAAAUAAAAUUAGACCUACUGUAAAAUGGGAAACAAAAACAGUUGUUGUGCAUAUUCGAGCCCUCCCACUGGGAGAAAGAACAAUGAUUUUGAAGAGCCUGUUCCAGAGGGUGAAGAAAGUAUUGGUAAUCUCCAACAUAUAAGUGAAAGAGAGCCUGAAGACUGUGAUACUGACCCAUCGUUACAUCCUAAGGCAGGAACAAUAUUUUUAGACCGGUAUAAAGUUGAAAAUGGACUAGUAAGAAAAAAGAGCCAAAAUCAUAUUGAUUCUCGGGGUGGAUUGAAGAAGAGCAGUUCAUGUUCUACAAUCUACCUUGAUGACAGCACCGUAUCUCAGCCUAACCUAAAAAACACUGUGAAGUGUGUAUCCCUUGCCAUUUACUACCAUAUCAAGAAUAGAACCUCAGCUCGUCAUAUUGAUAUAUUUGACGAGAAAAUGCAUCCACUAACGAGGGAUGGUGUACCUGAUGACUACAACAAACAUAAUCCUGAACAUAGACAAAUCUACAAGUUUGUCCGCACUCUGUUCAAUGCAGCUCAGCUUACAGCGGAGUGUGCCAUCAUCACCCUGGUGUACUUGGAAAGGCUACUGACGUACGCUGAGGUAGACAUCACACCGGCUAGCUGGAAAAGAAUAGUACUUGGAGCAAUCCUGCUCGCUUCCAAGGUAUGGGAUGACCAGGCGGUCUGGAACGUGGACUACUGCCAGAUUCUCAAAGAUAUAACUGUUGAAGACAUGAACGAACUGGAGAGACAGUUCCUGGAAAUGUUGCAGUUCAACAUCAAUGUGCCCUCCAGUGUUUACGCCAAGUACUACUUCGACCUGAGGACUCUGGCCGAGGCCAAUGACUUAGCAUUCCCCGGAGAGCCUCUGAGCAAGGAGCGGGCCCAGAAGUUGGAGGCCAUGUCUAGACUGUGUGAGGAAGCGUUCAAGUCCAACCUCAAGAAAUGGUCCAGUCUGGACAAUGUCAACAAUCCUCCCAACAUACCGAGAAGAAGUGUGGCCAUUCUCUCUUAGUACACUUGCUACCUUAUAUCUGUUUAGUUUGGGGAAUCAAUAGUUAUUACAGCGUAUCGAUGCAUGUUUUCAGGGGUUUUAUGUAUAGGCGUAUUGUGGAAUUAAAUAAUUGUAAAUUGUUAUAAAACAAAUUAUAAUUUUUGUAACGUUUGUUUAUUCUGAUAUUGUACUUCUAAACCGAUGUAAGAGGGUCCCUUUAAUUGGUGCUCAGCCUAUUAUUAAAUUAUUUUUCAUGGACACUAAAAAUUUAUUUUGUUCUUGUAAUUCAGUAGAUUUCAAACAAUUGAUGGAGCAUUAUGCAAUGAAUUUUUGUGAUAUUAAUUGUGGAAGAAUUGCCGAUUUAUUGCUUUCUUAUAACUCUGUGAUUUCUUGCAAUCAUGACAAUUUCUCUAAUUGUAUCUUUUCUUUUGCAAGAUAUAAACAAACAACUAUAUUAAAACUAUAAAUUUGAAAAUUAUUUUUGAUAUAUUCUUAAAGUGUUACCAAUUAAAUAAGUUAGCAGUUGAUUCCCUUUGCUAAUUCUUUCUGGUUCUGUCUUUAGUUACCAAAUAAAUGUUUUAAAAUAUUUUAUUUGAAAAAGAUUUAUAUACCUUUUAGGAAUUUUUGCUUUUGAAGCGGUAUUCCAAAUUGUUAUGUGAUACGUAAAAUAGCAUCGCAUUUACACGAUUGUUGCAUUUUGACAUUCUUCAAUUCACAGUUCUCGUGUAGUUAGUUUAAUGUCAUUAAUAAAUGCCACUAUAUUUAGUUUACCAUUGUUAUUAGUUUGAUAAGCAAAGUUUUGUAACCUUAUUAUACUAUCUUUGAGUAACUACUUAGUUUUGAUCACUCGUUUAGUUUUAGAGUUACAAUGUUGGAAGCACUGCAGCUGUAAUGUAUGAUUCGCCAGACUAACUCCAGGCUGCUGUAUUGUAUAUAUACUGUAUAAAGUAAAGGCUCGUGGAAGGGAUGCUCCUAUCAUAAUUGUGCUUCCCUCUCCUCAGGUGCUAAUCUCUCUGUAUAUUUAUCACCUGGUUUCUAGUUAUUAUUGGGGUGGACAAUUCCGAUUCUUGAUUCUUACCAGAUAUGCAAUGGGGAAGUACAAAUGAAGUAUGCACUAUUGGCAAUUAAAUGUACAAAUACAAUUUCACUAUAAAUUAAAUAAUUCAAUAUUAUUGAAUGUUCUAAUAAAAUAUUAAACUUAUUUAUAAAUUUACCAACAAAAUAUAAAAAUUACUGAUAAAAUGGUAUUUUAUCAAUUCUACCAGAUUAACGGUUAUUAUUAUUUGUAAAAACCAGAAUUAGAGCCAAGUCAAGAACAAGAAUCGGAACAGAAUAUGCAACCAGCCCAUUCCUAAUGUUUUGCAUUGUAAUUAAAAAGCUUAUUAUGCCAACAUUCUCAUUUAAUUUGUCAUAAUUUUAACAAGCAAUAAUUAAUUAUUUACUGCUUUUCUGUCCACAAACGUUAGCAAAUGUAAGUUGCAAAAAGUCAAUAUUUAUACUACUUGGUUUCAUCAUUCGAAUGUAUACACCAAUUUCGUACUGAUCGUGACAGAAAUUGCAAUAAAUAAUUUUUGUUGUAAAAAUUGUAUAGUUAUAAUGUGUACGCUGAAGCAGCUAAGCAAAUGUUUAUUAAUAUUCUUAUAAAUAAUUAUUUAGAAAAUAAUAUAUUAUCAUAUUAUCGGGUUGUGAUAAACACUAUUGUGACGAUGCCAAGUUUGUGAUGUAACCAACUUUAGCGGUUGUCAAAGAUGCUCAAAGCUGGCCAUUUUCUAUUAAUAUAAUAAUAUCGUAAUCUUUCUAGGUGAAGAUCUGUUACUAAAGUGUAAUUUAUUAUUCACUCAGUCUGUGAAGUUUUUACAUCACCAUCGGUAGAUUAAGUGUAAAUUGUAAGCCAGAAAUGUUAAAUUAUAUAUAUUUGGUAUCAAACUUAACGACGGAUGUUUUUAAAAUAGGCCUAGUCAGGAAUACCAAAGGGAAGUGGUGGUAGAGUAAUACUCAUAUGUGCCUUUCGUCGUGUGUCUAGUCCACACAGGCAGGCUAUGCUCUCUGUGCUUACCAACUGUCCUCAUUGAAUAUUUUGGUUUUAGUGGUAAUUUGUGAUUGAUUUAUUAUUCUGAUAUAAAACAAACUAGCUCUAGAUCAUGAUUGAUCGGAUAAAACAUCUCAUAAGUUUGAUUACUAUCUUAAACAAAUAAUUUUGCAAAACUGUGUAAUGACACAAUAUACUGACCUUUUGUAUAUUUGUAAACUUGUAAUUUGAAAAUAGCUUCGCAUAAGGUUUUUGUGAAAUUUAAAUUAAACUGUUAUAGAUUAUAAUUUAAUAUCUGCCAUACUUUCUGUAAAGCUCAUCAAUAACUGAAUAAAGCCAAAUUUGUGAACAUAUUUCAAGAAUUAUAUCAUAAUUGUAGUAAGUAACAUAGUAAUAUUUUGUACAGUACUGUAUUUUGUACUGUUCAGCAUCUAAAUUUGUAUGGACAUUGGAAUGUCCUACUGGUUUAUGUAGAGAUUAUGCAAUGACUAGUCACUCAGCCUUGACUGACUCGAAGAUACAAGUGAAAUGACGUUCACUAUGCUAAUCUCCACAGUAUUUGUUGUCUUAUCAAGUAGUAAAUAUCAAAUCUAGUUUACUGUUAUGUCAUUAUCUUAUUUCCUAUUUCAUUUAUUUACACCCAAUUGUAAUUUAUGCUAGUGUAUUUAAAAUGUUCAAAAUGUGUUUCAUUUUACAAACACCAGGUAAAAAUGUACCAUAUUUAACAGGUAAAUUAGUGCAUGUUAGCCACAAAGACUCAUGAAUCAGUAAUUUGAUUGUUGAUAAUUAAGUACCAAAACCUAAGGUCUAAUUGCUUAUUAUCAAUGGACAUUGGUUAUUCAAUUUUUCCCCGAGUUAUUUUGCAUAUCAUUAGUGGCUUCUUAAUUUUAAAUCUAUGAAAGGUUAUUUUAUGGCAGAUAUAAUUGUGAGUGCUAAAUCAGAGUACAAAAUAAUGAAGAUUUUAUAUCUGUAACACACUUUAAUAGACGGAUUUUUAAUACUGAAUAUAUUUUGAAUAUAAUUAUUGUUUCUUAACUUAACAAAGCUCAAUGAUAAGUAAAGUGUAUAUUCCCAUCUUCUUCUAUCCUUCUGAGUAAACAAAGUGCAAGAGAGUGAGAGCACAAUGGUAAAAUUCUGCCAAAAUUCUUCUAAAGGAUGUGUUUUUGAAUCUAUCACAGCACAUUCUUUGAUCCUGUACAUAAAUUCGUAGCAAUGUAGUAUAUCUUUGUAAAUAUCAAGAUAUAGACUCACUUUUGUUAUUACACACUCACUAAUACGUUAUUUUUUCAUUUCAAAUGUUUAUUUUCUAUAGAACUUAGUGUUGUGUACGUAUAAAGUUAUUUUUAUUAUACUGUAAAUUUUAUCAUCAAGAAUGAAAUUCAGGUUUUAAUAUAAAUACGUUAAGGUUUAUUCUCAUCUUUAAAAAUCAACUCUUUCAAUUAUUGAAUGGGUGGUGUGUGACGUCUCCAACUUGUGGAUAAAAAUAAGCCAUUCCUGAUUAUUCUCAGUUUGCUCCAUUUAAUGUCACAAAAAUCAUGUGCUUUUCAGAAUAAUAGUAACAAUAAUAUACUCAAAUUUCUAGUUAGUUUUGGCCAAUUUACUUAUUUUACAAAGCCUAUACUUAUAUCUUAAUUGGUAUGGGCUUUAAUAAAAAAAACAAAACAUAGUACCUAACAAUAAAUUCUUACGCUAUAUUGGAGUUGUUCAGUAUUCAUUAUCAGUAAGUGAUCAGAAAAUACAAGUUGAGUGGAGUGAAAUCGGGGAAUUAAAUUUUGUUGAAUAAAAAAAAUAUCAGUUUAGUGUUUGAUUAUUUUCCAUGUAAUCUGUAUAAGGUAAUACAAACAAAAAUGUUCAAUAAAAUGUAUAUGGCGUCAUUUCAGCUUGUGGUACCACUUGUUCAUUAUUAGAAUACUCCUGUUCAUAGCUAUCUCUACAUAUUUUAUAAAAACAGGCUUUGUUAAUAUGCACCAGUUGCAAUGUGUCGAAUUGAUGCAAACAGUUUUUUCACAUUUCGUUAUGUUAUGAACCGUAUAUUCAGUCGCCAUUCCUCUCCCUUGCCUUCACUUCUUUCGAUGUAAGUUGUAUCUGCAUGCUCAUAAAGCGUGUUUCACUAAUCGUAUUAUAUAAAUACAGAAUAAUGUGGCCUCCUGAAAAAAAAUUAUUAUCUGAAUAUAUUGAAAGGUACACAGAAAAAUGUCUUAAAUUUUUGGAUAAAAUCAAGACAAUCGGUUAUUAAUCAUUCAAGUAUUUUUUUUUUUUAUGUGAUAAUCUUCAAUAAGUUGGUGGAAUAUUGAAUGAGUCUUACGCCCCUUCAUCCUUUUAUCAAUAAUAAUCUAGGGUGAGUUAGGUUAAGAGAUUGGCGUAGAGAAGCGUUGAAGUACGAAGCAGCAAAGUGCAUGUGUGACUGAGACAAUAAUGUGUCACCCCCCUCAGAUGUUGUUUGUUUAAGCUUUAGAUUCAGAUUUUGUUUUUGCUGUUAUUAAAAUAUUUCUUGUAGACAAUGUCGGAAUCGUAAGUAAUUAAAAAAAAAACAAAAACAAUCUUAAUCAAAUAUGCCUACUACUUAAAAUAUUUCUAUGCACAGAUAUGUUGAUGGGUUCAAAAGAUUGGUUUUCAGCUUGACUUUUUUAAGAUUUGCAGCUUUAUGGCAAAAAAGCAUGAACAUGUAGGCUAAUAUCCAACAUUAGUUAUUAACUCUUGCCAUACACAUUUCCUGUUUCUUUAUUCAGCACAUAGCCUGUACACUAAUCCACGUUUUAUAUAGGACAUUUUGAAAUAUCCUCACUUUUUUAUAUUCCCCAUUUGUCAAGAAUUGUUAUGGCCUACAUUGUAUUCAAUGACAUAUUUUUAUUGUAUCUGACAGAUUUAAGUACAAGAACUUUUAGGUGCAAAUUAUGAAAUGUAAUUGUUUGUAGAAUUGAUGGGGCGUUGUGGUCUAAGGUGACUUUGGGUCUGAAUUAGAGAUAUCACAGGUUCAAAUCCUGUUUGUGACUGUUGCAUUUUUUUCGGUACUGUUGACCUUGUACUGUAUAGACUCUUCUUUUUUGUUUGAUAAGAUCCUUGCACAGGCCAGUGGCCAAUGAGGGUUGACAGAAUAAUGCUGAAAAGGGACCUGCUUCUUCUUAAAAAAACUUAAAUAAAUAACUAAAAUUGAUCCACAACCCAACAACCCAUUGGAUUAAUAAAUAAAUAGUACUUUUUACAUUCCAAAUUGCUUCAUACCUUUUUUUCAGGUUCGGAGCAGGCAAUUUGCUUUGAAAAUAAAACCGAUACAACUAAAGCAUAUAUGGCUGAUUUUAAUCAAAUGUUUUGAACGAUCAAGCUAAAUAUAUAGGCUUGAAAUAAUUCCAAAAAACAUUUGAGACUAAUGCUUUAUGUGGGAGUGCAACUUUUUAUAUUGAUUUAGAUUUGCAAAACAUUAAGCAAUUGAGUUUAUUAGCAAGUAUUUUAUAUCAACUAAAUACGUUCAAUUACCCAGAAGAGUUUACUUUUGGCUGGUUAUACCUUCCAGUUGAAUCCACACUGGACGCAGCAAAAACCAAUGUGUCACUUAAAUUUGGGCAAACUUGUGGAUGUCCAGGAGCGGCACAUCACUAACUGCAAAUGUUGAGAUUCUGGGGUACAAGGGUAAUUCGAUAGGUCUAGUCUACUGCGGGAGAUGACUGUUGGAGAUGGUAGGGUUCGUUUCCUAAGAGUCAAAAUUUUUUGCCAUUGUAGACAUAAGUGUGUGCCACCCCCUGUCUGCUUUGACUGGAGAUGCUGGUUCAGAGCUGCUUCUCCUUCUGCCUAGAGGACCUGACAAGAUUAGUGCCCUAAUUCUUCCUCAUGGAACUCGACAGGAGGCGGCCCCUACUCCUAACCUUACUCAUCCAGAAUAUCCAGUCACUCCAAAAGCAGCGCAAAGGUCCUUAUAGGACUAAGUGCAAUUUUUAAGCUUCUUGUCCUGAGAGAAAAAAAAUCCAUAUAUUUAAAGAGAAACACAAUUUUUUGUUGAUAAAUAAGCCAUUUAUAACGUGGACACUACUCACAUUAGAAAAGAUUAGGGUUGGUUUAGUCUUUGUAAAACUAUAGAAAUCUAGGCAGUAUUAAUUUGUGUGUGUGUCACAGAAAUAUGUUAGGACAAUGUUUAAUGCAUUUUUGGGGAAUGUCAGAGCAUAAGGUGAAUAAUAUGUUUUUUACAAAUAUAAACCACUGCCACUGUGACAUUCAAAUUUUUAUUUUUAAUUACACAAGGUAAUAAUAUCAUUUAAUUAAAAUGUUACUUUAAAAAAUGGAUGUGAAAUUUAUCAAUAAACCCAUGAUUGAUUACAUAAGUCUUGGUACAAAACUAAUUGGGUAAAAGCAAAUUCCGAUGUUUAUGUUCCUUUGUAGGGUUCUGGUUCCCGCUGUGCCAAAUUCAGCCAUGAGAAGUUUGGUUUUGUCCUUGGUUGCUAUUUGUCCAUUCUCACCAUGUAUUUACCCAGAUGUAAAAUGUAGAAGUUUUAUCAAGUGCACAAUAAUAAAAAUAAGAAUAAUUUAUUCCAUUGAUCUGUUUACAGGAAUAGAACAAGUCAUUUUAAAAUGUACAAUGCAUAAGAGCUAGAAAUAAUUACAUUAACACAAAAGUGUUGUAAAAGGUCCACAUGAAAUUAAAAGUAAUGUAGCGACAAACAAAAAGUAAUUAUAGUUAGUUACAAAUUAAAAUCUAACAUUAAUAUGACAAUUCAUGAAUUCCUCGAUGCUGUAAAAAGGACUUUUCACUAGUCAAUCAUAUAACAUUGUUUUUUUUUAAGAAACAAGUCUCGCAUCAGGCUUAUUAAAAAAAUGUAUAAAAUUUAAUUUAAACAAGCUCUUAGUUUUAGCUGGUCUGUGAGGCAAUAUAUCAAUCUUUUUCCUUCCCCCAGUGUUGUAAAAGUAAAGUAAAGAUGUAUUAUUUUAUCAGGCGAAGUUAGGGCUAAAAAACCUCUCUAACACAACCUGGAGACCAGUGGCUUAAAGGUGACUUCCAAACCACCACUAAUGGCCGGGCAGGCGGGCUGCUUGCAAGGACAGGAUCGCUCAGCGGUCACCCAUCCAAGCAGCAUCCACGCUCGAUGUUCCUUGACCCGGUUAUCUUGCGAUAACUGUUAUACCCGCUAUUUUUUAUUGAUGGAUUUGCUGUCUUUGACGAAAAAGAUCCAAAUUAUAUUUUGUAUACAAUAAAUCUUGAAAAAUAGGAUAUCUCUUGACUCAAAAAUGUUAUUUUACCUUCUAAUAUAUGUUUACAUAUAUUAAAACAAACAUCCUGUAUGUAGAGCCAAAAGCCAAUCGUAAAUUAAUUUUGUUGCGGAUUAUUACUUGAUAAUACCUAAGGUUUGUUUAUUUCUGUUUGAAAUUCAGCGUCUUGUAAGUCACAUUAAAGUAGAUUGGUUAUACUUAUUCACUUACAAUUUUUUGAAGCUUGUUAUUAACCCUUUCCGGAUGAAACAUGGGCAUUGCACAUAUGGCAUAAUGUUCAUAUAACACCAGCUAUGCAAUCCAGUUGAAUAUAGCAGCAAGUGCGAGUGUCUUAGGUGAGCUAUCUGCACAUGAAAUAUAUCGUUAGGAUGGCUGUCCGGUCUAUAGUGCUACUCUUGGACACAGGAGUUAGCCCUGGAGUCACGAGUUCAAUUCCCCCAUUUGACAUUAACGAUUUUUGUGGUCUGGUGUACAUUUAAGACAGUCACUGGUCUGUGGUAAAGCCGGUGGGAGGGCCCACCAUAAAUUAAUGGUUGUUGGUGUGGGUGGAAGUUGACGGGAUCAGUGAUUUUCUUAUAUAAGUGUACCAGAUCCAAAACACGCGUUUUGAAUUUUUGUCAUCACUAUUAAAAAAAAAACAAGUUAUUUACGUUUAUUUUAUACUCUACGGGGCAUUUAUUAUUGAAUCAUGACCAUAAUAAUAGUUUUUAAGAAUUAAAAAACCAUUUAUACUACUUAAACACUACGUAACGCGUGAAAAGGGUUAACUGAAUGUUUAAAUACAACCAGAAAAAGAAAUUAGCACUUUUUAAUUAGGCCCGAAAGGGUUAAAAUUAUUUUUACACAGUGUGUUUGAUAUGAGUUUUGUAACUUGGAUUUACCGCACAAACUGCAAACUAGUUCGUGCUUUAUUCAGCUUGCCUAUAUAAAUAUCUCUUGAUUUUACACUUAGUUUUUUUUUUUUCUAGCUAUUUAUCACUUUGUUACUCUUGAGUUUAUUAGUGAGAAUGGCCUCUAUGAAUUAGAUACAUAUGGAUCUUAGCAACAUUUCUUGAAAGUUCUCUUCCAUUUCUCAUGGAAUACUAAGAAUCACUCCAGCUAAGUAUGUAUAAUACCAUUGUAAAUUAACAUGUACAUUGUUUAAUGUAUGGUAAAUAAUUUAGGUAAAUCAUGAUAAAUCAUUGACUGUUACUCAUGUAUGUUUUAAAUACAUUUGGUAUGUAUCUC